GCUCCGAUGCUGUCGCCGAUCUAUUAGCAGAUGUUGUUGACUACUAGGUUCGACAGUCCAUACCUCUGUCGCUUUGGAGGAAAUUUCGUGAUGCAUCCAUGUUUGUGGCAAGUACGAUGCCAACGUCGCAAAGGUCUUGGUCCAACAAGAUGAUCCACGGUAUGACACACAACAACAACCAAGCGAUAUCCAAAAAUCCACGGGUUUCAACUUUCACUCUGCACACAACUUGAACAAUGAUUCGAUCAAUACCCUUGUCAAUGUCACUCCGCCGAGCAGGCAAUCACACACUGAGGGGACUCCGCACCCAGUCGACGUCUUCUAAAGGUCACCCUCUUUCCCGGGUUCCGGUUGGUGGCCUUGCAGCGGUCGCCGAAGUUCGUGCACAACUUCCUUCAGGCGUUGCAGAGUUGGUGAAAGAUUAUCCUUCUAUUAUCAAUUUGCCUGUUCAAUGGGGGGAACAGGAUGUUUAUGGACACUUGAAUAACGUAACUUAUGUGCGAUACUUUGAAUCAGGACGGAUAGCUUAUUUUGAUCAAAUCAUCAAGCCGCACCUCUCAGAGACUGCGUAUACAUCAUUCAUCACAGCCAGAGGAGUAGGACCAAUCGCCAAAUCUGUGCUCUGCAAAUAUCGGGCCCCUGUCAUGUACCCAGAUACAGUCACAGUAGCAGUAAGAAUUGACCCAUCCAGCGUCAAAAAGGACCGGUUUACGCAGUCAGCUGUAAUCGUUUCGCAUGCUCAAGAAAGAGUAGUUGCUGAAGGAGAGUGUGUGGUUGUUAGUUUUGACUACAAGGGACAGAAGAAGGCAGAUAUCCCAAAGGAGAUUAUUAACGCUUGGAAGAAGGGAGAAGGGCUAGAAUAAAAUGAAUCGUAUUUCUAAUGCCUUGGGUGGUGGGAGGGAAUAUAUACACAACCUAAACGAUCUCCCUUCAACUCGUUCUCUUCCCAUCGAAUUAAAGUGUCCGCUUUCUUUACAUUUUAC